UGCAUCAUGGGAGAGGAGUUCAUCAGGGAGCUGCUGACUCUGUGCUUACACCGGCUUGCGUUAGAGCAAAAUACACAUUCUGAGCUCGAGCUUAUUGAGGUGGUGAAGAACUUCGAGGCAGUCAGGAAGAAAUGGCUCCACGCAGAACUCGAGCUGAAGAAAUACAAAGAGCUGCUGGUGAAAUCGGAUGUGGCCCGCGCCGCCCUGGAGGUCAAACUCAAACACGCCCGCAAUCAGGUGGAUGUGGAGAUCAAGAAACGUUUUAAAGUCGAGGCCGACUAUCAGUACCUGGAACGUCAGAUGCUGCUGAUGACUGAAAUUCUUGCUCAGGACAGCAAAUCACAUGCCUGCCUUAAUGAGGAACAGCGAAACAUGCUGGCCAGCUUCCAUCACCAAGGAGCUAACAUCACACAGCACAGAGGCAAACGCUUAUCCGUGAUCGACGAGUCGUCUUUCCUGUCUCAUUCUGACAUCAGUUACGACAGGACCGAUGAUGACCUGGUAGGUUCAGGUGACCAGAAACAGGAUUUGGACAGUCCGGCUGUUGUGAAGCCUCUGAAGUCGAGACCUCGGGAGAAAAGACGCUCGUCGAUGGGGCCGAACGUUGGACUUCCGAUACAGAAACGUGGGCGACUCGGUGGACGUUCUGGAGAUCUGCUCAGUGUGAGACCAUCGGAGAAGGAGGUGGAGGCGACAGUGGUUACAGCAUCAGUCACUACCCCUGAUAAUGGCGGUCAGAUCCACAUGGUGAUUGACAUCACUCAGGAAACGCCGGAGCCAAUCGGAACCCGAGCUGAUCUCCUCCCUUCUGUGAGCGAGCAGACAUCAGUGUGGGCUCCCUCUGAAAUCACUGAGGUUGAGAUGGUGACUACACAGAUGGACGAGACUAGUGCAGAACCCAAAGUUCCUCUGUCUCUUGAUCCCAUUGUGGACUCCAACGUCCAGCAUGCUAACGUCCAGCAUGCUAACGUCCAGCAUGCUAACGUCCAGCAUAAUAUUGUCCAGCAUGUCUUCCUGCCCAAAACUGUGAUCCGACCCGAAACAUGCACUCCCUGUAGGAAGAGGAUCCGUUUUGGGAAAGUGGCAGUGAAGUGCAGGGACUGCCGCGUGGUCGCUCAUCCCGAGUGUAAACAUAUGUGUGUGGAAAAAUGUUUCCCUAACACACAGGGAACAGUCCAGCCUAGUGAGGAGACGUUGGAGAGUUUUUGUCCUUCCACUCCGCCCCGGAUCCCAGCAUUGAUCAUUCAGUGUGUUAAAGAAAUCGAACGACGUGGCCUUGAGGAGAAGGGACUGUACCGUGUGCCGGGAGGAGAGAGGGCAGUAAAGGAGUUACGGGAGCGAUACCUCAGUGCUAAAGGUCCUCUGCUGCUGCACAGAGUGGAUGAGAUUCACGUGGUGUGUGGCCUCCUGAAGGACUUCCUGAGGAAACUCCGAGAGCCGCUUGUCACCUUCGCACUCCACAAAACCUUCAUGGAGGCAGCGGAAUUAGCAGAUGAUGAUAACAGCUCAGCGAUGAUGAUCCAGGCCAUCGGAGAACUUCCACAGCCGAACAGGGAGACUCUCGCCUUCCUGAUACUGCAUCUACAGAGGGUUACUCAGAGUCCUCAGUGUCGGAUGGAUCAGAAUAAUCUGGCUCGUGUUUUUGGACCCACCAUUAUCGGACACAGCAUGCCGGAACCGUCUCCACUUAGCAUCAUGAGAGACACCAACACGCAGCCCAAGGUGGUGUUGCGGCUGCUCUCUUUCCCGGCUGAUUACUGGAACAGUCUCCUUACUGCAGAGAGAGAUCAGAUCAGAUCAGAUACACACGUGGAGAGAGAUCAGCUUAUCUCUUCGGUCAUACAAUCCAACAUCAGCAACUCUACUCCAUCCACAGACCGAGAUCGGAUGUUCAAACCCAUCACCUCUCCUGAGCUGAGUAAAUACAGCAGGACUCCAGGUGGUUCUUCCAUCAAGGGCAGGAUCAAGACCCUGGGCAUUGCUUUCAACAACCCAAUCCCACUGUCUUCCAGAACCAAACCAAAGCCCGAACCAACGAAAAAGAAGUUCUUUACGUCACCAAAGUGAGAGACACAGAACUCUGUCUGUGUGUGUGCGUGCGCGUGUGUGCGUG